AUGGACGUUGGCAUUGUCGGACUUGGUGUCAUGGGUGCCAAUCUGGCGCUCAAUGUGGCGGAAAAAGGGUUCAAGGUUGCUGUUUUCAACCGUACCUACACCAAGGCCGAGGCGUUCAUCCAUGAAAAUGCAUCAGCACCAUUUGGGGGAAAUCUUAAAGCCUUCGCUUCCAUGAAGAGCUUUGUCGCUGCGAUCAAGAAGCCGCGCAAGGUUUUCAUUCUUGUCCAGGCUGGUGCCGCAACAGACGAAACGAUCGAGCAGCUGAGAGCUACAAUGGAACUCAACGACAUUAUUGUUGAUACUGGCAACGCGCAUUUCAAAGACCAGGGACGCCGCGCGGAGCAGCUGGAAGCGGUGGGACUGCGCUUCCUUGGCAUGGGUAUAUCUGGUGGCGAAGAGGGUGCCCGAAAGGGUCCGGCAUUCUUCCCCGGCGGCACACUCAGUGUUUGGGAGGAAGUGCGCCCAAUCGUCGAAGCCGCCGCCGCGAAGGCGGAAGACGGACGCCCGUGUGUGACGAUGAAUGGACGCGGUGGCGCCGGCUCAUGCGUGAAGAUGUACCACAACGCUGGCGAGUACGCCAUACUGCAGGUGUGGGGAGAGGCUUUCGACAUUCUUCGUGCGCUGGGUCUGAACAAUGAUGAAGUGGCAAAUGUAUUUGAGGACUGGAAGGCAAAGGGCUUCUUGACGUCUUAUAUGCUUGACAUCUCGAUUGUUGCGGCGCGUGCCAAGGCAGAAGGUGGUCAAUAUCUCUCCGAGUUUGUCAAGGACCGUAUCGGCUCGAAGGGUACCGGUCUGUGGUCCGUACAGGAGGCGCUGGAGGUGGGCGUGCCAGCACCGAGUCUCGGCAUGGCCGUGGUAUCACGACAGAUUACAAUGUACAAGUCUGAGCGCGAGGCCAACGAAAAGGCGAUGCCCUCUGCUGUGAAGGCCGUUGGAUACACUAUGAAGGACAAGAGCCCCAAGGCGAAGGAAGUUCAGCAGCUCUACCAUGCUGUUUCUAUCGCAAUGAUUGCGUGCUACGCCCAGAUGUUCCAAUGUCUCCGUGAGCUGGAUAAGGUGUACCAAUUUGGUCUUAACCUCCCAGCCACUAUCGCAACUUUCCGUGCUGGGUGCAUUCUGCAAGGGCACCUCCUUAAGCCGAUGACGGAGGCCUUUGAGAAAAACCCAAACCUCAGUAACUUGAUGUGUGCCUUCAAGGAAAUUCCAGAGGGUCUGCAGUACUACCGUGACAUCCUGGCUCUCAUCACCUCCAAGACAGCGGUGUCCAUCCCUGUUCUGUCAGCCUCUCUACAAUAUGUCAAUGCGAUGUUCACGCCAACUCUAAAAUAUGGUCAACUUGUCUCACUCCAAAGAGAUGUCUUUGGCCGCCACGGAUACGAGCGCCUGGAUAAAGAGGGCCGUGAGUCCCACCACUGGCCGGAGCUGCAGUAG